GAGUGGGCUUUGCUGGACCUGGCUCAGAGGAAGCUCUACAGAGACGUGAUGCUGGAGACCUUCAGGAACCUGGCCUCCGUGGGUUCUUGCUCUCAAGUUAAAACCAGUAGAUCAAGUGCUCAUUGGGAUAUUUUGGAGACUGGACUAUGCAGUGAAGAGAAAGUAGUAAGAUUCACAAGAAAUGAUUCCAGGUCUUUUUUGGGAGAAAACUGGGCAUUUCAUAACAUGCAAGAUCAACAUCUAACUCAGGAGAGGCGUUUGAGAAAUCAUUUGGUGGAGAGUAUCUGUGAAGGGAAAGAAGGCCAUCAAUGUCUAGAAACCCGGAACCAGAUUAUAGAUUUUACUGUGCAUAAGAGUUAUUGGACUGGAAUUCAGCCCCAUCAAUGCAUUAAAUGUGGAAAAGCCUUCAGGGAUCAUUCUUUCCAGAAGAAUCAGCAAAGAUCUCACCCUGGACACAAACAUUAUCCAUAUGAAGAAUGGGGGCAAGCCUGCAGCUGUAUCUCGUGCCUAAGCCCUCCCAGGGAAAUAGACAUUGUAGAGAAACCCGAUAAACAUCAGGAUGCUGGGAGAGCAUCUAAGAGGUGCGUGAAGAGUGACUGUAAUGAACAGUCUUUAGAGUGUAAGAAGUCUGGAAAAGCUCUCACUUGUCCCUCAUCUUUUCAGGAACAUGAGAGAGGUCAUUAUGGACAGAAAAUCCACAUGUGUGAAGUAUGUGGAAAAUCCUUCAGUUAUUAUUGCCAACUUGCACGGCAUGUGAGAACUCACACUGGAGAGAAACCCUAUGAAUGUAAAGAAUGUGGGAAAGCUUUCACUCGCAUCUCACACUUCCGAGAACAUGUGAGAAUGCACACUGGAGAGAAACCCUAUGAAUGUAAGCAGUGUGGCAAAGCUUUCAGUUGGUGCACUUACCUUCGAGAACACAUGAGAACACACAGUGGAGAAAAACCCUAUGAAUGUAAGCAGUGUGGCAAAGCCUUCCCCUAUCUCAAAUCCCUGCAAGGACAUGUGAGGAUCCACACUGGAGAGAAACCUUAUGUGUGUAAGGAAUGUGGGAAAUCCUACAGUUGUCCCAAAUACUUUAGAAAACAUGUGAAAACACACAGUGGAGUAAAACCCUAUGAAUGUACAGAAUGUGGGAAAGCAUUCAUUACUUCCUCAUCCCUUCGAGAACAUAUGAAAACACACAGUGAAGAGAAGCCAUAUCAGUGUCAGCAGUGUGGGAAAGCCUUCAGGUAUCCCAGAUCCCUGCAAGGACACAUGCUAACCCACAGUGAAGGGAAGCCAUAUAAAUGUCAGCAGUGUGAAAAAGCCUAUAGGUGUCUCAUAUCCCUGCAAAGACACAUGAAGACACACACUGGCGAAAAAUUCUGAAUAGAAAAACUAUGGGAAAGCCUUCAUUCUCCCUUAAAAUUUUAUAAAUGGAGCAGUCACAGGAGAGAAACAUUAUGAACGGAAAGAAUGUUGGGAAACCUUCAGCACUUCACUUAUUUUAUACUUGAAAACUCAGGGUAGACAAAAUUUUUUAAUGGAAAGAAAUAUGAUUUUUCCUUUUAAGUGCCUCAUCCUGAAUAGGGAUCCCAGUGUAUUAAUUUCUAGCUCAUGUUAACUGAUCUGAACACUUAAGAUAAUAACCAUGCCUCUAUGUUCCCAUCAUCUUUGCUACUUAUGUUUUGUUAUCUUGGACUUUAAAUAGUUAUAUAGUCAUAUAAUACUUGUCUCAAUUCCAUUACAAUGUCUUUUGAACCUAGA